GUAUAUUUCUAGCUCUGAGUAUUUGUUUGAGAAAUGAUUUGGUGUGACUGUGUUUUUUUAGCGUUGCAUGCCUUGUAUAUAAAAAUUGUAGUUAUUCGUGUUUAAAGUUUGAUGAUUAUGUUUUACGUAUUUUGGAGUUAGAGCAUUGUUGCAUUUCUCUCACAUUGAUUAAGGCGUGUAAAAUUGUAAUUUUUGUGAGGUUCGAAUGUUUUAUGAAGUAAUCCGGUUGGUAUGACGCCAUGAUGAAUGCUGGAUGGUAUUGAAGUUUGCCAAUUUGAAGAGAAUAGUCUCCGGCGUUCAGCCCACAGGAUCCAUACAUCUUGGCAAUUAUCUCGGUGCCAUAAAAAACUGGAUUGACUUGCAGAAUACGUACGAGACACUCUUUUUCAUUGUGGACCUCCAUGCAAUAACUUUGCCGUAUGAUGCACAGAAAUUAUCUAAAGCUACCAAAGAUACUGCAGCUCUUUAUUUAGCAUGUGGUGUGGAUCCUUCCAAGGCCUCAGUCUUUGUGCAGUCUCAUGUACGUGCUCAUGUAGAAUUGAUGUGGUUGCUGAGUUCGGCCACCCCAAUUGGUUGGCUGAAUAAAAUGAUUCAAUUUAAAGAAAAAUCACGGAAGGAGGGGAAUGAAAAUGUUGGGGUUGCCCUUCUAACCUAUCCAGUGCUGAUGGCCUCUGAUAUACUCUUGUAUCAGUCUGAUUUUGUUCCAGUUGGCGAGGAUCAGAAACAACACCUUGAGCUGACUCGAGAAUUAGCCGAACGUGUUAAUUAUCAAUAUGGAGGAAGGAAGUGGAAAAAGCUAGGAGGGCGAGGUGGUGCUAUUUUUAAGGUUCCUGAACCCCUUAUUCCACCUACUGGAGCUCGUGUGAUGUCCCUCACUGAUGGUCUUUCCAAGAUGUCAAAAUCUGCUCCUUCUGAUCAAUCACGAAUCAAUUUGCUUGAUUCAAAAGAUGCAAUUGCAAACAAAAUAAAACGUUGCAAGACCGACUCAUUUCCUGGGUUGGAGUUCGAUAAUCCUGAGAGGCCUGAGUGUACCAACCUUCUUUCAGUAUAUCAGCUUAUUACCGGCAAGAGCAAACAGGAGGUUUUGGAAGAAUGUCAAGACAUGAAUUGGGGAUCAUUCAAACCCCUUCUUACUGAUGCUUUAGUCAAUCAUCUUCAUCCAAUCCAGGUACGUUAUGCAGAAAUAAUGUCGGAUACCUCGUACUUGGAUGGAGUUUUGGCCGAGGGUGCUAGUAAAGCUGCAUCCAUAGCAGAUGCUACUGUUAAUAACGUUUACCAGGCAAUGGGAUUCUUACGGAGAUGAUCAAAAUCGACUAUCUGGGAGGAUGUGCCCGAAAUGUCGUCCAGGUUAGCUACUUCGAACAAGUGAGUAAAGUCUGGUAGGGUUUGGCUCUAUAUAUUUUUGCUUAUAAUCAGUUUACUCUUCCAAGUGGGUGCAUUCUUUUCUAGCAGCUGAAUUUUUUGGUCAAAUAUCAUAUUUGAUUUUUUUUAAAGUGAUUAAUAUAAAUGUCUUUCUAAUUUAACAUAUCUAGAUUUUUUUAGUCCCUCAGUGGGUGAUAUACUGAUAUUGAUUCGAUCACAUAUAUUUGUAAUUCAACUUGCAUUGUUUGGAACUGAAUAAUUGUCGUUUCAAUAUAUAUACACUGUCAGUUUUUCCA